AUGGAAUUCUACUGUUUAACUUGUAAACACAAUCUGUGUCUACAGUGUAAAGAGAGACAUGCUAUUAAUGUCCAAACUGCAGAGCAUUAUGUUUUGAGUAACGAAGAGAAAAAUGAAUACUUGUGCACAGAACAAAUAAAAGAUAUACAGUCUGAUAAAAGUGUUGAAUUGUUUUGCAAAAAGUUUAACUUUCCGAUCUGUUUCGAUUGUAAAAAGGACAUGGAAGACCUAUACGGGGGCAUUGGAAUACUAAAGGAGAACGGAUCCGAAAUCAGAGAAUACAGGCGAAAAAUGAACGAUAAGUGGAGGGGACACAGGUGUGUUCAUUUCGAGGCCAAAGAAGAGUGUAACUGUUUCGUGUGUGGAACAAGUCUUUGUCUACAAUGUAAAGAGAUACAUUCUUUAGACCUAGAUACCAUAGAUCAUAAUAUUUUUAUUUCCCAAGAGAAAUAUGAAUUCUUAAACCAAGAUAUCUAUGAAAGGCAUCGAGACAAAAUGUAUGAUAUAUUUUGUAACUCAUGUAAACUUCCUGUUUGUUUCAAAUGUAAAAAGCACAUAGAAACCAAAAUGGGUGAGAGGAAAACAUCACUGCAAUCACAACUCCAUGUCGUGAACUCGCUUAGAAUGAACACUCAAUUACGAGUUCGCCAGUGUUUUAAAUGCCGGGGAGACGCAGAGUUUUAUUGUUUUGUGUGUAGAAAUGAUCUUUGUGAACAAUGUAAAGAUAUGCAUACUAUUGAUCUAGAUACCAUAGAUCAUGGUAUUGUUAUUUACCGAGAGAAAUAUAAAUUCUCGAAACAAGAGUUCUGUGAAAGGCAUCCAGAGGAAAUGUUUGGUACGUUUUGUAAGACAUGUAAUCUUCCUAUCUGUGUACUAUGUAGAGAUCUAGAACACAAAAAACACGCAUUAAUAGAUAUUGGAAAAGCAUAUCAAACAAAUCGUCAACAACACAGAGAAAUAUUUAAUGACAUCAGAUGGAAGACUCAAUUUAAUAGCUGUUUUCUACUGGCAGAAAUCAAAUUUGAUCUAAAAGCUUGCCAAUUGAAAAUUUCUACCCUUCAUUUACAAAUGAAAACAAAAGCUCAAAAAUUGAAGGACCUCAUUGACACUGGAAUACUUGCUAUAAAAGUCAGAUGUAAAAGUAAUAUGAUACAUAUAUUACAACAACGAAAUAGAAAAGUGAACAGACACUUUGCCAUUAUUGCCAAAAAUGAGAAAAGAUUCGAACAGUCAGCAAACACACCAGUGAAAUUCCUUUUACUCCGAAAGAAAACCUGUGUCCAAGAGAUUUACGGCACAUCUAGUGUUACACAACGAUUUCUGCUCUUUGCAACUGACGAAAUUAACAGAAAAGAGAUAUUUUCAUUACUGACAGAAGUAAAAAUCACAGACACGGAUAAAAGACAAUUGAAAAAUGAAUGCCUGUUGAAACAGAUGAUUUCACCAGUGCUACACAGAUGUGUCGAAAUAACAGGUUUAAGUGGUGCUAUACAUAUUUCCUCUGGGAUAUUAGAUUUGGUCUGUAUUAGCGACUGGGAAAACCAUAUCGUCUUUACAAACACAGAAGGUGAUACUUAUAAACAACGUCAUAUAGGUAUAGAUAAGUUGUGGGGAUUUCACACAUUCAGCAGAGCCUGUGACCUUAUUUUUAUUGCGCCAGACAUAGAUUUUUUAGACAUUCACAUGAUAAAUAAAGUUACAAAAUAUAGCACAUCAAUAACAAACCUAUUAAAAAAGAGAAAACCGUGGACACUAAGAUGUGUCUAUUGUUCUCCUUGCAAUGGAGAUCUGUUGGUUGGGAUGUGUAGAUACGAUACAGAUACAGCUAAGGUAAAUCGGUAUAACGAAAAAGGAGAACACAUACAGACGAUUCAAUACUUCCAUACAGACCAGGAACUAUAUAAAAGCCCCGAGUACAUCACAGAGAACCGCAAUGGAGAUGUUGUUGUCUCUGACUGGAAUCGUGCUGUGGUGGUGACAGACCGCGAUGGAACACAUCGCUUCUCAUAUACAGGACCUCCAUUAGGACCACGGCUAUUACCACGUGGAAUCUGCACAGACGCACUAUCAAAUAUCCUAGUGUGUGAUCGUAGCUUAAAUGUAAUACAUAUUAUUGAUGUGAACGGACACUUUCUAACAUUAAUACAGACAAAACAAGAUGGUAUAGAAUCACCCCAUGGUCUGGGGUAUCAAGCCAAUUCUCAUCUUCUCUGGGUUGGAUCGUACGAGAGCAACAGAGUAUGUGUAUACAGAUACUUAUGCAGACAGCAAACCACGGGUGUUAAUGGAUUUUACACUAGCCACUACUUUAGAGACAUAUGGUAA